AUGACCAGUAUAGCAGCAAUAGGCCAAGAUUUUAUUACUGCAGAUAUAAAUACAAUAACAUCGAAAGACUUGUUGACUACUACGAAUGGCGUUAACGCAUUCCCGGAUCCUUCGGAAGAUCUAUUUUGGCAAAAAGCCACAAACAUCAACGAGGUUGCUCAUGAGCUUGAUGAAGUAUGGAAUCCCGAAAAGCAACAGCAACAACAAAAUUCUAAUGGUAUGAAUACUAAUAAUAUAUACGAAAAUACAAUCGAUAAAAAGAAAGAGAAGGAAGAAGUGACACAACCAAUACCGCCUCCACCGAACGCCAUCACUAAUAACACGACGCGCCAUUCUCGAAAAAGUAGUCGCGUAAGUUGGAAUUUGCAAACAGAUUCAGAGAAACAUGUUGAAUUGUUAGAGACAAAACUAAAAGAUUCAAUUGCAAAUGCUGGAAAAUUGAAGUCGCCAACUGCAUCAGAUUUUGGAGGUACAGCACUUGCCACACUUGGAUAUCAUCCCGAAGAGUCGACUACAAUAGCAACAGCAUUAUCAGCAACGAUAUCAGCAGAGAAUGAUGUUGAUAAUCUUUUAUCACAGGAAGAUUUAGGAGGUUCAGAUAUACCCCAAGAAUAUGACGAGGGGUUAUGGUUGUUAUGGCGAAACAAUCGGCAAUCAUCAACGAAUAAUGCCGAAAAUAAUAUUAAUGAUCGAAGAAAGAAUAGUGCACGUAGAAAAGUUGAAAAAGAAUAUUUAUGGGGUGCUGGUUGGUGGUGGUGGAGUGCUGCUGCGAUGACACAACGAUGGAUUGGUUGUGGUGUUUGUGGGUUGGAAGAUGAUGAAGUAAUUGAAGUGUGGUAG